UCCAGAUCUGCCUUUAGGUGAAGAAUUCUAUAAAAUGAGUCAGUAAAACUCGAGAGAAGUUAUCAGAGCUUCACACACCUGCUGAGAACAUGAAGAUGAGUCGUGUGUUUCUGGUCCUGGGCUUCGUCCUGAUCAUGGCGCUUUACUCAGACGCUCAGCCUUUUGGCCCACAGUCUGAGAUCUGCUGUUUCAACUUCUAUCCUGGCAAAAUUCCUGCCGAAAACAUUGUGGAUGUUAAAAAGACAGGAUCAGACUGUCCAAAGCAAGGCUUCAUUGUUACUACUGUUAAUUCCCCCGGUCUGUGUGUUCGUGAAGUCACUGUCAAAGGACAAGAAACUUAAUGCUGCAACUGAGAUGCAAUACACAUGCACACACACACACACACACACACACACAUACACACACUUGCUUCAUAAAGUUCAAGCUUUAGCCAUUUUCUGACCAUUUUUAACAAUGCUUAAUGAUGUCAUUGUUGCUUAUUGCAGUGCAGAUUCAAAUAAAGUUAUC